ACAUGGCUAAUGAAUCCAGGCCCUGCCCAUGUGAUAUUGGAGACAGGUUGGACUAUGGAGGCCGUGGGCAGGAGGUGCAAGUUGGGCACAUCAAGGCGUACGUUUGCAAACCACCUGCCGGCACAGACAAAGCUGUGAUUGUGAUCCAUGAUAUAUUUGGAUGGCAGCUCCCAAACACCAGAUACAUGGCUGAUAUGCUUGCGGCUAAUGGAUACAUAGCCAUCUGCCCAGAUUUUUUUGUGGGACAAGAAGCUUGGAAACCUUCUAAUGACUGGGCGUCUUUUGAUGACUGGCUGAAAACCCGAAAUGCCGGCAAAAUAGACAAAGAAGUCGAUGUCACCCUGAAGUAUCUAAGUGAACAAUGUGGUGCAAAGAAGAUCGGUGUCAUUGGGUUUUGCUGGGGUGGAGCAGCAGUACAACAUCUGAUGCUGAAAAAUCCUCAUUUAAUGACGGGGGUGUCCCUCUAUGGAGUCAUCAGGUUCUUUGAGGACAGAUCCAGUUUGCUCCAUCCCACCUUCUUCAUUUUUGCUGAAAAGGAUGACUACAUCCCAUUGGAGCAGGUCACCCUACUGGAGCAGAAGCUUAAACAAAACUGUAAAGUUGAUUAUGAAGUUAAAAUUUACCCUGGACAGACACAUGGGUUUGUACACCGCAAAAGACAAGAUAUCAAUCCUCAAGAUAAACCUUAUAUUGAGGAAGGACGAAAGGAUAUGAUCAACUGGCUGAAUAAAUAUCUUUAGCAUAAAUAAAUGCCCAUAAAAUAAAUCAAUUGUUGUAGUAAAUCAGAAAAUAAUACAGACUAUAUUGAUUAAAAUGUUCUUAAAACCAUCAAAAUAUUUUGUAAAA